CUGAAUCCACCCCAAAUGUUGCUCGGCCCAUAUCGUAGCCAUUUCGCAGCGAUCGAUGAAAAUAAGCAAACCUUUUGGUAGGAUUCUCACUUGUUUCUGCGGAUUUUCGCUUUCCACUGCCACCGCUUAUAAGCGGAAAGCCCUCCUCUCGUCGCCCGCCGCGAAGGCGCAAGGCCGCAAAGCGAAAGGGGAGAAGGGGAGGAGCAAGGCCGACUUCGCAAUGCAGAUCCUCCGCCGGAAGGUUCUGGAAGCUUCCCGCCGCCUCCCUCUUUUCUACGCUGCGUCCGCAGCGUCCCGCGGAAGCGCCCAUGCGGUCGCCACGCUCGCCGCCGCCGCGCGGUGGGCCCCGCCCGCCGCCUCGGGCUCGCUUGCCGCCGCUCCGUGGGCCGCCACCCAGCGGCGCGGCGCGAAGAUGCUUGGCUCCGACGUGAAACUUGGAAAUGUAAUACAAAGAAGAGGUCGCAUUUAUCAGGUAAUAAAAGCACAACAUUCACAUCAAGGAAGAGGAGGGGCCACAAUACAGGUGGAACUGAGGGAUGUUGACACUGGAAACAAAAUUACAGAAAGAUUUCGCACUGAUGAGGCCCUUGAGAGAGUUUUUGUUGAGGAGAAGUUAUUCACAUAUUUGUAUCAGGAAGGAGACACUGUGACGCUUAUGGAGCCUGAAACAUUUGAGCAAAUUGAAGUUUCAAAGGAUCUGUUUGGCAAAGCUGCUGCAUACCUGAAAGAUGAAAUGAAGGUGAACCUACAAUACUUUGAUGGCCGGCCAAUGUCUGCUACGGUUCCUCCUCGAGUGACUUGCACUGUUGUUGAAGCACAGCCGAAUACAAAAGGGCUUACUGCUCAACCUCAGUAUAAAAGGGUCGUGCUGGAUAAUGGUCUUACAGUGCUUGCACCGCCUUUUAUUGAAGCGGGUGAACAAAUUGUAAUCAGUACAGCAGAUGAUUCAUAUAUGACGAGGGCCUAAGGGAUAUCUUGGAUAGCGUUUUGUUCUUCCAAAUUGGAAAAUUGAAUGCAUUUUGCCUCUAGGAUAAGUGUUACCUCGUGCAGCUGCCACAAAUGUCAACCGUGGCCGCCAGCUACCAAGAACUUAGUUCUUACCCACACAUUUUGUACUCGCAGAUGCUUUUAUUUGAUCUUCAAUUCAAAUAAUUAUGCAACAGAUUCCUUUGAUGGAAAACCAUGAAAAUUUUUGCGGGAACUCAGGUAGAGAAGCCAUUUUUGUAGAUAGGUUGAAAUUAUUCAUAUUGCUUUGUAUGGCUUACUGUUCAGCGGAACAAUGGGCUUACAUAUUUUGCAGCAGAAAGAUCAUAUCGCCAGCAUACACUGCAAGACCUAUUUGUAAUUUUUACCAUUGAACCAACGCUGAAAUAACGUGUUGAUUAUAUACAGCA